AUGACGAGUUCCAGCGAAGGCGAAAUACUUCAAGCAAGUCAAAUUAUCCGAGAACGAUGGAAGAUCAAAAUGAAAAUUGGCGGUGGAGGUUUUGGCGAAAUUUAUGAAGCAAUUGAUUUACAAAAUCGUAGUGAACGAGUAGCUAUGAAAGUCGAAUCUAGUAAAGCAACCAAACAAGUACUUAAAAUGGAAGUUGCCGUACUAAGAAGACUUCAAGGAAAGCGACAUGCAUGCAAAUUUUACGGGUGUGGACGAAAUGACAAAUUUAAUUAUUUGGUAAUGAGCUUACAAGGGAAGAAUUUAGCCGAUUUACGUCGUGAAUCACCCAAGCAAUCAUUUUCAUUGUCAACAGCAAUUCGAAUUGGAUUACAAAUUUUGAAUGCUAUCCGAGAAAUACACUCAAUUGGAUUUUUACAUCGUGAUAUCAAACCUUCAAAUUUUGCAAUGGGUCGAACAAAUGCUACCUGUAAAAUGGUUUUUAUGCUUGAUUUUGGUCUUGCACGACAAUAUCUUAAUGCAAAAGGUGAAAUUCGAAGUCCAAGAAGUGCAGCUGGUUUUCGAGGUACCGUACGAUAUGCUGCUGUUUCAGCUCAUAAAAAUAGGGAAAUGGGACGACAAGAUGAUCUAUGGUCAUUGUUUUAUAUGUUAGUUGAAUUUUUGCAGGGUUCAUUGCCAUGGAGGAAGAUUAAGGAUAAAGAUGAAGUGGGUCGAAUGAAAGAGGAAAUGAAUUUAAAUGUUUUAUUGGAUGGUUGUCCAAGAGAAUUACAUGAUUUUGCAGCAUAUCUAAAAACACUUGGCUAUCCAGAUGAGCCAAGUUAUGGCUUAUUGGAAAAUAAUCUACGAAAUAUUAUUACACGGCAUGGUAUAAAUACUGAUGAGCCAUAUGAUUGGGAAAUUAAUUAUGAAAAUCUUGGUCCAAAAGUUCGCUUAAAUGGUACAAUUCCAGCACGAAAUCGUUCGCAUACAACUGCAUUAAAAGAUCGUUUACUCGAAGAUAAGAAUAAAGGACUGGACACUCAAGCACCAAUUACAAUGGGUGAAGAGGACGAUGACCAUGAUCACACUGGUCAUCAUGUCAAAUAUUCGUCUACUGCAGAAAAAGAUACGCAUGAUAAGCCUAAAUACAAACGACAAGAGUUUAUGAGGCCUAAAUAUGGCGCUGUAAAUUUUGAUGUGAUCGAUGCGGUAAAUGCAAGAUUAGCAGCUGCGGCAUCAACUAGUGGUACCGCCGAUUUAUUUAGUAAGCUGCGAAUUGAAACAUCGCUUGAUAAUGAUGAAAAGAAAAUCGGUGAUGUUGAGGUAACAUUUCAUAUACCACUGAAUACCUCAAAUACCUCAAAAGUGACCGGAUAUCAGGAAAAAACAAAUCGAACACAUCAAAAACGGCAUAAAACAGUACCACCAAAUACCAUUGAGAAAAGCACAAAGAGUAAUCGUUCAUUAACGCUUUCGAGCGGGAAACGGUAUAGCAAAAAAAUGAAUGAUGCACCGUCAGUAGUUGAACAGACAUUUGCGCAAGCGGAUUCAGAAACCGGUAUUAGCAGUCAUCUAAAAGCACCAACAAUUAUUAGUCGAUGGCAUGGCUCAUUCGAUGAAUCUUGUGCCGAUUAUGAAGCAGCAACAAAUGUUGACUGUUUGCGCGUGGAAAAAUCAGAUAAUAGUGGCGGUAGUAAACACUUACCGCUGACCGGAAGGCAUUCUUCAGUAACUGUACCACCACAAACACCACCAGCACCACCAGCAGCACUUUCUCGAUCUACAACUGUACAUAAUACUGAUGCAAAAAAUGAUAAACAAACAUUGGUCACCACAAAUUCCAAUUUAUCGCCUUACAAUGUUCGUUUAUUUACCACAGUAUCAACUCCAGAACAAGCUUUAAUUUCAUCAUUACCGUCGGUAAUACCUUCAGUAUCACCAAAAAUAGCUGUAACACCUCCUGUUGCACGGGCGUUAUUUACCACUCCUCAGACAAUUGCGCCAACAAAAACAACUUUUCAACCAUUAUUACAUGCAAUGGCACCGACUACUUCAACUGUUCAAUCAGCAUCUGCUUCGUUAAUGAUGCAUUUCAAAAAUCUUGUAAAUUCAUUCAAUUCAUUUACAAAUGGUAAUGGCGCUACUGGCACAUGUCCGCCAUCUAAUAAUACUUCAAAUCGCCAUGAUAAUACAUCAAAACGUUUUUCAUUGGAUAAUAAUGCAAUUUCAUUACAAUUUCAAAAUUCCUCCACACAAUUCAGCACUGAUUAUAAUGAUAAAAAUAAUGAAACUGCUGCAAAUAUCAAAAAUGAUUCUAAGAUAAGUGCUAAAAAUAAUAGCAACAGUAAUACUGAUCAGGAAAAAGAAUUACGAAGACAACGACGUUUACGAAGACGAUCUGUAUGUCAGGAAACAUUUCCAGUUAAUGAGUCAAUAUGGAAAAAUUCAAUACGUGAUGCUGAAAUAGGUGGACAAACCGGAAAUACUGAUGGAGCAACAAGAUCAGUUAAGAAAAGUAUUAGUGAAAAACAUCUUUUUAAUAAUGGUAUCGAAGUGACAUCAUCAUCAGAUGGGAGAAAUCAAGUUAUGGAAGAGGCUAAAUGGCAUAUACUUAACUUAAGACGGAAAAGGUAUCAAUUUCUUGGAUUAACACCAUCACCACCGCGUACAGCAAUGCAGUCUUGA